CUUUGUUGAUGAAGACAAAAGCUCCACCCUGCUCUUCAUACCGGAGGUUUGCCAGUAAACACACAUCUUCCUCAUCAGCAUGAACACAAGAACAGCCUGCAUGGUUCAAACUAACUCCACCUGACAAGAUCCACUGAGAGGACGCACAGAGCAGGAAACACCUCAGCACUGAUGAGAGUUUUACAGCCAGCACUGCUCUAGUGUAUGUAUGUGUGAUUGGUAAACUGUUGGAUUGAGUUUUAACUGAAAAGACGAGAAGCAAUGUCUCUCAGAGUGGAGGAGGACCUCUGUUGUCCCGUCUGCCAGGACGUUUACAGGGAUCCAGUUGUCUUGUUCUGCAGCCACAGCUUCUGUCGACGAUGCCUGAAAAGCUGGUGGGAAGGGAAGAAGAAACUGGAGUGUCCACUUUGUAAGGAAGAAUCUACUACAAGUGACCCUCCAUGCAACCUGGCUUUAAAAAUGCUCUGUGACAGAUUCCUGUUGACAAGAAAGAAGGAAGUUACAAAACCAGAGGUUUUCUGCCGGCCGCAUGGUGAGAGAUUCAAGCUGUUCUGUGUGGAUGACGAGGAACUUUUAUGUCUCGUCUGUCAGCAUUCAGAUGGUCAUUAUGGACACAAACUCCAACCUGUGAAUGAAGUAGCUCAGGGUCGGAGAAAUGAGCUGAGAAAGGCCCUGAGGCCGCUGCUGGACAAACUGAAGGUGUUCAAAGAAGAGAAGGGAAACCUGGAUCAGACAGCUGAAUACAUUAAGCUCCAGGCCCAACAGACCGAGGGACGGAUCAAGGAACAGUUCAGGAAGCUUCAUCUGUUUCUCCACAAGGAGGAAGACGCCAGGAUUGCUGCUCUGAGGACAGAAGAAAGCAAGAAGACUCAGAAGGUAAGCCUAAAGAUCGAUGCCCUGAGUAGAGAGAUCGCUGCUCUUUCACGGACAAUAAAAGACACAGAGGGACUGAUGAAGGCUGAGGAUGCCGUAAUGCUGCAGAGCUUUAGGACUGCCGCAGAAACCAUCCAACAGCGCCUCCUGCUGGAGAAUCCUCAGCCUGUCUCUGGAGCCCUGAUAGAUGUGGCCAAACACCUGGGCAACCUGAGCUUCAACAUCUGGAACAAGAUGAAGCAUCUGGUGUCCUACACUCCUGUGGUUCUGGAUCCAAACAGCGCAAACUUUGAGCUCAUCCUGUCUGAAGACCUGACCAGCGUGAGAUGGGGCCAGAAGCAGAACAUUCCCGACAACCCGGAGAGGUUUGACUUCUUCCGCAUCGUCCUGGGCUCGGAGGGCUUCAUGACGGGAACCUACAGCUGGGACGUCGAGGUUGGAGACAACACAGACUGGUUUGUGGGAGUCGCCUCCCAAAGCGUCCAGAGGAAAGGAACCCAUCCCAGCCGUCUGUGGAGAAUCGGCUGCAUUGACGGUCAGUACGUGGCCCGGGCCCUGUCGGAACCGUCCACGGUUCUGCUGGUGAACGGACGGCUCAGCAGGAUCAAAAGCAUUCUGGACUGGAACAGAGGGAAGCUGAUGUUCCUCGACCUCAACACCAACACUGUCAUUCACACCUUCACUUAUUCCUUCACUGAGAAGCUGUUUCCUUACUUUAACUCUGUGCAUGCGUCCCCGUUGAAGCUGGUGCCUGAAAAUGUGUCUCUGAGGUUCAGUUAACCAGACAGUAAAGCUGCUAAAAGCUCCAGCCGCUUUAAGAGGAUCAGUGCAAUGAUACUAAAACAGAAGAACAAAAGGGAUACAACUCUCUGAUUUUAUUAAGAAAUGCUUUUACUUUGUUUUCUCAUAACAUUUCAACCACAUUUUAUUUUACUGUAUAGACUGAAGUAUCUUCAUUUGGACAGUUUAAGUGACUCAAACUGAAAUAAAGCUGUUGAUCAAAUAAACAUUUGUGAAACUGUCUUUAUUUGAAGUGAAUCAUGAAGUGAUGUUCUGACAGCAUGGAAGUCAUCCACUGAAGACCAUGAAAGCUUGUCCUCCAUUUUUAGCUUCAGAAUCGGUCCAGCCCGGUCCAACCUGACUGACUGUACUGAGACCGGCGGCUGAAUAGAACCCGACAUAUCAUUUUAAUUUAUUUCAAUUAAUGAUGCUUUUAGUGCUUUCAUUUUUAUCCACCCUCUCCCGUUUUUAUCCAGUGUCUUCCGGCUCCGAGUCACGGUGAAAGGAUGAACUCCCUGCUGCUGGUCGGUUGAAUCUGUCCGUUCCUAUGU